AUGGCUGAUGAGGUUACAAUUGGGUUUCGCUUCUAUCCCACGGAAGACGAACUUGUUGCGUUCUACCUACGAAACCAGCUCGAAGGAAGGAGUGAUGUCUCGGUGCACCGUGUCAUUCCUGUUCUUGACGUCUUUGAUGUCGAGCCUAGUCAUCUUCCAAAUAUUGCGGGAGAGAGAUGUCGAGGAGACACUGAGCAAUGGUUCUUCUUCGUGCCAAGACAAGAACGCGAAGCUAGAGGAGGAAGACCGAGCAGAACCACUGGUUCAGGAUACUGGAAAGCAACUGGAUCACCUGGUCCAGUCUUUUCCGUAGACAACCGAAUGAUAGGAGUCAAGAAAACUAUGGUUUUUUACACCGGGAAAGCACCAACCGGAAGAAAAACAAAAUGGAAGAUGAAUGAGUACAAAGCCGUUGACGAAACAGUCAACUCGUCCACAAUACCUAAGUUAAGACAUGAGUUCAGUUUAUGUCGUGUCUACAUAACAACAGGAAGCUCGAGAGCUUUUGAUAGACGUCCUUCUGUUGGAGUUUUGCAGACAGAGAGAAUGCCUACAAGUGAUGUUGCAGUAGCUGGGACAUCAUCGUUUCGUGUUGAAGGCUCACCAGAAACUUCGAUUUCAGGUGGUGAACAUGUUGAUCUCUCCACGAAUAUAGACUUUGUUGAAGGUGGAUUAACGGAAUCAAUAUGGGAAUGGGAACCGCUGAGUUGGUCUUGAAGGCUAUCUAGAUUUG